AUGGUUGUUUCCAAUCAUAUUGCUAACAAUAUUGCUGUAUAUCUUGGAUCUAACAAUGGUACUUUUUCAAGACCAAUCGAACAUUCAACAGGCACUGGAUCUGCUCCGUACAAGGUCGCCAUUGGUGAUUUCAACAAUGAUCAUCGAUUGGAUAUCGCAGUUGCAAAUUUUGGUACUAAUAAUGUCGGUAUAUUUCUUGGAUUGGGUGAUGGGUCAUUCACGAAUCAAAAGAUGCUUUCGACUAGCUCAUCUAGGCCAAUUUCGAUUAGUCUAGCUGAUUUAAACAACGACAUGCGACUUGAUAUUGUCACAGUCAAUUAUGGAACUCAUAGUAUAAGUAUACUUUAUGGAUAUGGGAAUGGAAAUUUUUCGGGUCCGACUACAUAUUUCAUGGGUUAUGAUUCUUUUCCAUCUUCAUUAGUCGUUAGAGAUUUUAACAAUGACAAAUAUUUAGAUAUUGCUGUUGCCAACUAUGGUACGAACGAUGUUGGUAUACUUUUUGGUAAUGCCAACGGCACUUUUGCAAAUCAAAUAGCUUUUUCAACUGGCUUUGGUUCUCAUCCGUACUCAAUCACUGCUGGCUAUUUCAAUGACGAUGUCUUCCUCGAUAUCGCUGUUGCUAAUUAUGGAAUGAAUGAAAUUGGCGUGCUUCUGAGCUAUGGCAAUGGAAGUUUUGCAAACCAAGUCACUUAUUCUACAGGUUCCUCUUCUCCAUAUUUUAUUGACGUUGGUGACUUAAACCAGGAUAAUCGACUAGACAUUGUCGUCACCAAUCACGGUACUAAUAAUAUAGCUGUGCUUCUUGGUUUAGGAAACGGUAUUUUUGCCAAUCCAAUGGUAUACUCAACUGGAGCUUCUUCUUCAAUAUCACUUGUCAUAGAAGAUUUCAACAAAGACAAUCGUUUAGAUAUUAUAGUCGUCAGUAAUGACACUGGUGCCAUCGAUAUCCUACUUGGUUCUUACGAGGGCUUUUCAUAUCGAACGGCGUAUUCAACCGGUUCUCUUCCACGAUCCGUAGCUGUUGGUGAUUUCAACAACGACGAUCGACUAGACAUCGUCGUUGCCAAUUGGGGUAGCAAUGAUUUCAGCAUCCUUCUGGGAUAUGGUAAUGGUUCCUUUACAAAUCAAAGCAGGUAUGCAAUUGACAAUGCUCCAUACUCUGUAGCUAUUGGUGAUUUUAAUAACGACAAUCGACUAGACAUCGUUGUCGCCAAUGGUGCUGCCAAUGAAGUCACUGUGCUUCUUGGACAUGGUAACGGUUCUUUUGCAAAUCAAAUCAAAUAUUCAACUGGUUCUAUUCCACGAUCUGUAGCUGUUGGUGACUUCAACAACGACAAUCAACUAGAUAUCGUUGUCGCCAAUUAUUUUAGCAAUAAUGUGAGUGUUCUUCUUGGAUAUGGCAAUGGUUAUUUUGCAAAUCAAACUACGUAUUCAACUGGGAGUGGUCCACUGUCUGUAGGUGUCGAUGAUUUCAACAACGACAACCGACUGGAUAUCGUUGUCACUAAUUAUUUUAGCAAUAAUGUGAGUGUGCUUCUUGGAUAUGGUAAUGGUUCUUUUGCAGAUCAAAUCACUUAUUUAACUGGCUCUGGUCCACGAUCUGUAGCUCUUGCUGAUUUCAACAACGACAACCAACUGGAUAUUGUUGUCGUCAAUCGUGAUACUAAUGAUAUUAGUGUUCUUCUCGGAUAUGGUGAUAGUUCUUUUGCAAAUGAAAUCAGAGGAAUUCUUAAAAACGAAAUGACUUACGCAUCUGGUGGUGGUUCUAAACUACGAUAUGUUAUUGUUGGUGAUAUGAACAACGACGCUCAAUUAGAUAUUCUCGUUGCUAACUAUGAUCAAAUGAUGCUUAGUACUGGCUCGAAUUCUCAUCCGUCCUCUAUUGCCAUUGGCGAUUUUGAUGGUGAUACUGAACUAGAUAUUGCUGUGACCAAUUACGGUACCAAGACUGCAAAUAUUUUGCUUGGAAAUGGUAAAGGAACCUUUACAAGUCAAACAAGUUAUAAAAUUGAUUUUGUCUCACCUCCGUUUACCAUUACUUCUGCUGAUUUCAAUAAUGAUAGACGAUCGGAAACUAUUGUCGCUUACGACGAUACUGAUAAUGUGGAUAUUCUUGUUGCAUACAACAAUGUCUCUUUUGAAACGAUAACCACGUAUAUAUCUGGCUCUCAGUCACUGUCUAUAACUGUUGGUGAUUUCAACAACGACAACCAACUGGAUAUCAUUGUCGCCUACCAGUAUAGCUAUAAUAUGAGUACACUUUUAGGAUAUGGUAAUGGCUCUUUCUCAAAUGCGAUUAGAUAUUCAAUUCCUUCUUAUCCACAGUUUGUAGCCGUUGGUGAUUUCAACAACGACAAUCGAUCAGAUAUCGUUGUUGCCCAUUUUUAUACGAAUGAUGUAAGUGUCCUAUGUGGAUAUGGUAAUGGCUCUUUUUCAAAUACCAUAACCUAUCCCAUUGGCUUUCAUCCAUUCUCUGUAGCUGUUGGUGAUUUUAACAACGACAACCUACUAGAUAUCGUUGUCGCCAGUGGUGAUAUAAAUGAUGUGAGUGUCCUUCUUGGAUAUGGUAACGGUUCUUUUGCAAAUCAAAUUAAAUAUUCAACUGGCUCCAAUUUAGGAUAUAUAACUGUUGGUGAUUUUAACAAUGACAAUCGACUUGAUAUCGUAGUCGCCUAUGGUAAUACCGAUAAUCUGAAGAUCCUUCUUGGAGAUGGUAAUGGCUCGUUUUCAAAUCAGAUCGAGUAUGCAACUGGCUCUUUUCCACGAUCCGUAGCUGUUGGUGAUUUCAACAACGACACUAGACUAGAUCUCGUUGUCGCCAAUACUAUUAGUCAUGAUGUGAGUGUGUUUCUUGGAUAUGGUAAUGGCUCUUUUACAAAUCAGAUCAAGUAUUCUACUGGUUCUUAUCUAUAUUCUAUAGCCGUUGGUGAUUUCAACAAAGACACCAUAUUAGACAUUGUCGUCACUAAUCAAGACACUGCAACUGUGGGUCUGUUUCUUGGAUAUGGUAAUGGUUCUUUUGCGAAUCAAAUCACGUAUUUAACUGACACUUAUCCAGGGUCCGCAGCUAUUGGCGAUUUUAACAACGACACCAUACUGGAUAUCAUUGUCAAUCAUGAGAAUACCCAACGUGUCAGUGUCCUUCUUGAAUACAUUAGUAUAGGCUUUGUAAACCAAACUACACUCAUAACUGGCAAUGGUUCCCGACCGCAAUCGCUUGUCAUUGGUGAUUUUAAUAAUGAUGAUCAUAUCGAUAUCGGUGUUGCCAAUGCAGAUUCUCACAAUAUCGGAGUUUUUCUUGGAUACGGCAAUAUCUCUUUUGCAAAUCAAGUAACAUAUUCAACUGGCUCCAAUUCGUCGCCACACUCUAUGGCUGUUGGUGAUUUCAAUAACGAUACUCGACUAGAUAUGAUCGUCGCUAAUUAUGGUUCUGAAAACGUGGGUAUUUUUCUCGGAUAUGGCAAUGGUUCUUUUACAAAUCAAACGGUAUAUUCAACGGGCUCUGGUUCGUAUCCAUUUUCUGUUGCUGUAGGUGAUUUUAACAACGACAAUAUAAUAGACAUUGUCGUUGUUAAUCAAGGUACUAAUACUGUAGGUCUAUUUCUUGGAUAUGGGGAUGGUACAUUCGCAAAUUUGAUUCAAUUUUCGAUGAGUUAUGGAUCUCGACCAUUCGCCAUUGUUGUUGGUGAUUUCAACAAUGAUACAAAGUUGGAUUAUGCUGUAGCCAAGGAUGAAACUGACAAUCUAAAUAUUUUCUUACAGACUUGCUAA